CCUCCCACUGGCCCGAUUUCUCAGUCUUUCGUUCAGUAGGGUCCACGGCUCUAUGCCUAAACCAAGGUCUAGAGAAUCUCAAGACCUUGGCCUCAACGUGAUCUGAAAAGUUGACCUGCGGCCGAGAACAGGGAGCCUAUCAGAUUGGUAAACGCUCUCGACAAACCCUAUCAAUAGACAGACCUCGGCCAUGAGACUUCUCUUCAAAGGGACGGCCGACUUAGGCAUAAUGAUAUUUUGGUUAGUCGUGGUCCACUGCUCGGAUUCGCUUGCUCAGUCAGAGCCGGACCCCCUCAUCGAAGCAGUGAAGUCAGGCCAGAUGGACGCGAUCGAGUCCCUUCUUGACAAAGGAGCCACAGUCGCGGCUCGGGAUUCCUCAGGACAAACAGCGCUCUUGAUCGCCGUCCGCUACGGACCAGUGAAGCUCAUCAAACGUCUUCUCCGUCACGGAGCGAACGUCACGGCGGCCGAUAACUGGGGCAAAACUCCCCUGCACGAAGCGGCUUGGUUUGGAAGGGAAGAAAUAGUGAAGGUUCUCCUGCGGCAUCAUGCUAACGUUAGUGCCAAGGACGGGGGAGGUAAAGUCGCCCUCCAUGAAGCUGCUUGGUUCGGACGCGACUCAGUUGUGAAAACCCUUCUGGAUCACAAGGCGGAUAUUCAUGCCCGAGACGCUUCAGGCCAAACAGCCUUGCAUUACGCGGCAGAGCUUCCGACAACUGACGUCGCUCAAGUGCUAGUUCGAAAUCGUGCCGAUAUCGAAGCUAAGGAUGAUGAGGGUCUGACCCCGUUACAUCACGCCGCGUGGCAUGGAAGGGAAGAAGUGCUGGAAUUCCUCUUGAAAGCGGGAGCAAGCGUCCUUGCUAAGGAUAACAGAGGUUAUUCAUCGGGUCAAACGGCCCUGCACUACGCGGUCGAGCACAAGAAAGCUUCCGUCGUCAAAGCUCUUUUGGAUGAAGGCGCUGACGUAGACUCUGUUGACAACAACGGUAACACCCCUCUUCACGUGGCAGUGAGGGCCAGAAACGAGGGGACAGCGACAGCUCUGCUUAUUUAUUGCCCAAACCUCAGCAGGAGAACCAGGCAAGGCAAGACAGCUCGGGACAUUGCAAAGGAAGAAAAGAUGACCGUCCUGGCUACCUUGAUCGACGCCCAGAGUAAGACGCCUUGCUCAAAGGAAGGAGAAGACUGUUCGUCACACGAUGUCAUAGGAGUGGCACCUCUAAACCGGCUCACCUGUGACACCACUUGGCAAUCAUCAAGCGCCAAUUUGGAUUUAUAUGACUGCGCCGUCGACGGACAGGUGUUUCACCAUGGGGCCAGUUGGCAUGACGGGUGUAGAGAGAACAGCUGUGUGCGGGGAAGAGUGUUGUCUGCAUCAGCUAUCGCGGAAACAUGUUGCACUUCAGCCGGACAGCUGAGGCGGAACGGAAGCACCUGGACAGAGGGAUGUCGUCAGAUGGAAUGCCUCGAUGGAGAAACGCUGAAUCUAGCCACCUUGGAUUCCUGCUGCACAGUUGGCCGAGCAACUUACCCAGAGGGUCACAUCUGGGAACAAGGAUGUUUUAAAGUCACAUGUGUCAAAGGUCAAAUGCUGAGAGGAAAGCUGCUUCCCUCUUGUUGUGGUGUGGGUGAAGAAGCACACCCCGAGGGAGCUCUUUGGGUCAAAGGAUGUUUAGAGUUUCAAUGCCAAGAAGGGAAGGUUGAGGAGCAUGCCAUGGUUUUCACAUGUAAAAUGUUGUUCGUCAUGGUGGUAAUUGCUGUGGUUGGUGUGGUCGGAGCAGCAUUGCUGGUGGUGUUGGUGCUCAGAAACAGAUGGCCAUUCUAUACUAGAGUUUGAAAAUAUUAUAAUGACCAUCGUAAGUUAUUAAAUAAGUUACUUUUAAUGGUGGACUACAAAGAGGAAAUAGUCAGUGCCUUUUUCGCCCAUUUUUUUAAGGAUUUUGCUCACACAAAAUAGAAGCCAGACAUUCGUUACACUGUAAAAGUUGUGGCACAGUAACAAUCAACUAAAACUUUAUUGUAAAGAUGUUAUGUAUACUGCUUUUACGAAGUAAAUAAAGUACUACACCAAAAACUAACUGUCAAAAGCAAGUUUACCCUGUAAUAUAAUGCAGCACCAUAGUAGUUCAAAUCUGUUAUUAUCAAUUAGGGUAAAUAGUUAUUUCCCUUUUGAUAAAAAGACCAAUGGGGAAUGGCGGCUCAAACCAAGCAGGCAGAAACAGGCAGGUUACAGUGUUCAGAGAUAUAAAGAGACUGAUAGGCUGGCUGGAUUAGGUCACGGUAUAGAAAGAACUACAUUAAGCAGGUUUUAUCCCAGCAUGGGCCUUGCCCAAAGACUGCCCCUAAGUAUGAUGAGGUCUAAAAAGGAUUAAGAAGCCUUGUGCAGAUCUUUGAGCUGGAGUGCACAUAUAGUCUUGGACAUACCAGAAGUGAACAGACCAUUGUGGGACUGAUCAGGCCAUUCGACUUUCUCGUUAACAACUUGAGUGUACUUAUAUAGAAUCAAGGAGGAUCCUGGUGUUUCUAGAAGGGCUGUGGGAGUGGUGGCACCGUGCAAUAAAACUGUAAUGAUUCCAAGUCAGUAGACAGAGGCAAAUAGUAAUAACUGGAGGGCCUUCACGGAUAUGAACACAAUAUCAUCACAACAACGAUGGUAAUGUUAGACAUAAAUAAACCUGAAAUGGUCACUAACAGGCAUACACCUUGUAACAUUAUGUACCACAUUACAGAGGGUACUUAAAAGGAUCUUUAUGGGAUAUUUUGGACAGUCAGCAGUAUUAUUGUAUCCCUUUCCAUUUUUAAGUAUUCAAUUUUGUUUCUCACAAAGACGUCUAUCUCAUAAAAGACUUUAACAGAAAUAAUAAUAAUACUAAUAUAAUAAUACUAAUAGGAAAGAAUAACAGCGGAGACUUACGGCAAUACUAAAUUCAAAACUCAAUGCCGCAAACAUGACAAAAGCCAUAAACACAUGGGCAGUGCCAGUAAUCAGAUACAGCAGAGUGGACUAAGGCUGAACUCCGCAGCAUAGACCAGAAAACUAGGAAACACAUGAAAAUGCACAAAGCAUUUCAUCCAAGAGCAAAUAUAGACAAACUAUACAUAACACAAAAGGAAGGAGGGAGCAUAGAGGACUGGGUCAACAUUGAGAGCAGAGUACUGGGGCACUAUAUGAAAACCAGGGAUGAAGGACUGAUAAAAGUAGACGAACACCCAGAAAUAUACAGAGACAAGCGAAUGAAAAGUAGAACAAAGGACUGGCACAACAAACCAAUGCAUAGACAGUACAUGAGACAGACUAAAGAACUGGGCAGCGACGAAACAGGGCAAUGGCUACAGAGGGGAGAACUAAAGAAGGAAACAGAAGGAAUACUAACAACGGCACAAGAUCAGGCCCUAUGAACCAGAUAUGUCCAAGGAACAAUAGAUGAAAACAUCUCACCCAUAUGUAGGAAGUGCAAUAUGAAAAACGAGACCAUAUACCACAUAGCAAGCGAAUGUCUGACACUUGCACAGAACCAGUACAAAAAGAGUCAUGAUUCAGUAGCAAAAGCACUCCACUUGGAGCCUGUGCAAGAAACACCAGCUAGCUUGCAGUAAUAAGUGGUACGAACACCAACCCGUAAGAGUGACAGAUAACGAUCAGGCAAAGAUCCUCUGGGACUAUGGUAUCAGAAUAGAUAUGGUGAUGUGUGCCAGUUGACCAGAUGUGACGUUGAUUGAUAAAAUCAAGAAGAAAGUAUCACUCAUUGGUGUCGCAAUACCAUGGACACCAGAGUAGAUGAGAAAGAAAGAGAAAAAAUUGAUAGGUAUCAAGACCUGAAAAUAGAAAUAAGAAUAUGGGAUAUGCAGUGGAAACUGUACUCAUAGUCAUAGGAACACUAGACAUGAUCCCAAGAUCUCUGGAAAGGAACCCAGAAAAACUAGAUGCUGAAGUAGCUCCAGGACUCAUGCAGAAGUGUGCUACUAGAUACAGCGCACAGUGAGAAAAGCGAUGGACUCCUAAGGAGACAGGAUGCAACCCGCAACCACUCAGUCGAAUUGGAUGACUGUGAUGGACCCAAAAAAAAAAUAAAUAAUGAUAA